UACAACGAUUCCCCUCCCUCAAAAUUACACGAAAACCUAGCCUCCACAGCUAUCUCCACCAAAAGUCCAUGAAAAACGCAUCUUCGCCAAAACCCUUCUCCGCACCGCGCCUCCUCCGGAAGGAGCUUGAACGCUGCUCAGGAAAGCGACUCAGGCACAACUUCAAGGAAUUCAUAUCCAUUCAGAGCGAUCGCGAAGAGGAGGGUGGGAAUGGGAUGAAGCUUGAAGCAGAUUGCAAGGAUAAGACACACUAGAUGAGCUCCGCCCAACUCUGGAGCCCUAAUUCUACCGCCAACGACAAGGUCGACGAUGAUGGCAAAAGCAUUGCAGAUGAAGUACGAAAGAAGAAUCUUGAGCGGUGUUUUCUCCGAUUUGAUGUUUUUUUAACAGACAAAUAAUUUGGUUUUGGUUACAAAGAAAUGAAAAGCCUGAUCUUACGGAGGAGAAGGAGAUCGAUUGCUCGGAGUGGAAAAGCUACCAUUUUUCGUCCGGAUUCUUUCCGUUUAAGAGCUCAAAGGAGGCGUCGAAGCCCUCAAUGACACCAUGUGAUCUCUCUCUUCUAUCGCUCCCGCCGUCAAGGUGUUGCCUUCCCCAUCUCUUCGACGAUCGACGAACACUCUGACAGUGGCUCCGGCGCCAAGCACUUUGACAGCGCCAAUCCAGCAUCUGACUACGCACACCUUAGCUUGCAAUUGUAGCAUCCUCCGAGGAAGACGAGGCGGUGCUGGGCGUCAAAACUGCAUCGCCACAUCAAGAUCGCAGAAUCAAGGAGUAUAAAUAAUGGUUGUCUAGAUUCAUUUACCUGACCAAGAUGGAGCUUGAGAAUUUCUUGUCGGAACCACAUUCUAUUUGACAUACUUAUAUUGGAGGGAUUUUGAUCCGACCAGAUAACUGUGAAGAACCUUUAUGACCUAAUAGGGAUGGCAAACUGAGUUCAUUUCAUCAGGGGAUGAUCAAUCUUAUUGAAGAGACUUUGCACGAGCACCAUGAAAAAAUUGAUGAUCUAGAGGCUUCCUUGAUUGGGUACGAGGCAAAAGAAACUAGUGAUGAAACUGAAGAAACUAUGGUACAUGGAAGCUAAGCAAAGCUUGAUUAGGAAUUGGCAGAUUUCUGCAAUCACUGUUUAUUGUGUCUUUGCUCUUGAAGACAUGGCAUACUCUGAGGCAAUAGCUAGUAUUCUGGAUGAAGAAGAGUUAGCUGAUCUCAAGGACCAGUUUCAAGUAAUUGAUGUUGAUAAAAGUGGUUUAAUAAGUUUUGAAGAAAUGAAACAGGCUCUUGCAAAGGAUGUGCCUUGGCGAUUAAGAGGACCACGCGUACCAGAGAUUCUUCAGAUAGAUAGCAACACCGAUGGACUUGUUGAUUUCAGAGAAUUUGUUGCAGCAACUUUGCAUGUGCAUCAGAUGGAGCAAGACUCUCACAAGUGGCAUGUUAUGUGGCACUGCAUCCGAACCUCAGGGGUGUGACUGGGAAGUACUUUGAUGAAUAACUAUCAAGAAGGCUUUAGGAUUUAAGCGAGAAGAUGGUUAAAGCCAAUAAGUAAAGAACAUUCAAGUCAAGAGGAUAAGUAAUAUCUAUCAAUAUCCUUUAAGUUCAUGUAAUAAGAUGUAGUCAAUAGGAGUAGCUUUGAAUGUCGCCUAAUUAAAUUUCUUUGUAUGCGAAUAAUUAUGUUUGUUAUAGAAGUGUAAGGAUGAUAAUUUGUAUAUUUAUCUUGGUUGUUUAUUUAAUAAUAUGUUGUUGAUUGAAGUA